AUGAACCAGAGACUAAAACGUGAAGAAUGUGGAGAAUUCCUCGCUCAGCAAAAGUUUAAAGGGAGCUCCGAUGUCAAAGCUUUAAAGCUUGAAGCUACCUUGACUACGUGGAAGGGCUCGCACCACGCUUUCGCCACGAUGGGAAAACGCACUUGUGACAGCAGCUUGACGGAUUCCACCAUGGUGCAGACGGUCGAUCCAGAUUCCCCAAUCGAGGUGCUGAAAGCACUGCCUAAUAAUUCGCAGAAGAACUGGCUGAAGGACCCGGGGCUGCGUCGGCUAAACCUUGCUGUCUCAGUCAUCAUUGCCUCGAUAAGCCAAGUCGCUGUGAAAGACCAUUGGUCUUUCUUCGGCUUACGCGUUCUAGCAGGACUCGGGACUGGCACUGCACAGACAGCAGCUCCGCUACUUGCGACGGAGGUCGCUCAUCCCCGCCAGCGUCAAACAGCCACGGCUCUUUAUAAUGCAUGCUGGUGCUGGGGGUCAAUCGCUUCGGCUGCCAUCUCCUUUGCAACUUUGUACAUCUCCAGCAGCUGGUCGUGGAGAGGCCCGUGUAUGCUGCAAGCAUUCUUCCCUCUUGUCCAGAUCGUGGGCCUCUUCUUUGUGCCGGAGAGCCCGAGAUGGCUGGUAUCCAAGGACAGGAAGCAAGAAGCCCUCCAGAUCUUGGCUCGUUAUCAUGCAAAUGGGGAUGCAGAUGACGCGUUGGUUCAACACGAGUUCCACCAAAUUUGCAACAAUAUCAACACGGAAAAUAUGCAGCCGGGGCACUGGAGCACAUUUUUCUCGUCCAAAGGUGACCUGCAUCGUCUUUCCAUCUGCGUGAUUGUAGGACUCAUGCAAGAGUGGGCUGGAAACGGUGAGUGA